ACGAAAAUAGGCAGGGAACAUCUGCCUGUUAAAAGCAUGUUUCUAUUCAGUUUAACUAGUGGAUAUAUAUUUUAAACUUUAAUCAGGUGGUUGCUGUAUGCCACAUGCGCAACACACUGUCUGAAACCAACUUGCAAACGUUUAAAAUCUUUUAUAUACAAAAAUAAGAGCGGUUUUUGUGUCUUGCAACGGUCUAAUGAAGAUAUAAGGAUAAGUUCACAUUGUUCUGGGCAAGUUUCGUAUAGCUUGGACAAUCUGAAGUGGUAAAUGUACAGAGUUGAAUAGAAAACUGCCUUAUUACCUGAUCAUGUUCAUUACAACGGAACCGGUUCCUCGCUCAAACUCGGUCGAUGUAUCGUUGCAACAAAUAAUAUAAGGAAGUUUUAGGAAGGCAGUAAUAUUGUUCACAACAAUUCAAUAUAGUCUUAUGAGGAAAAUUGACAAUCCCUUAGCAGCACAGCUUUGAAACGGAUCGGUUACAAGUUUCGAUCUCGGCUUUGACAUACUUGAACAAAUGUUCGGAGCAAAUUCAUUAUGAUUUGUGGAAGAGUAUUUCCACAAUGACAAAAGUAGCUCUGAUUAUCGUUAACAAAGAAUUUCAUGUACAAGAAACAGAUGAUAAAAGAUGCGGUGCGACCAAAGACUUCCAGAAAAUGUGUUGGAUGUUUGCCGAACUUGGAUUUAUCGUGAUUCAUCGCUUCAAUCAGACAUCAAAGGGAAUCCGGACUGCAAUUAAAGAUGCGUGCAGUAUACCAAGCGAGUGUUUCGUUCUCGUGCUGAGCACACACGGUGAGGAGAGUUACCUACCCAAGGACAGCAAUACACACGGGGGCGAAACAGGCCUACGGGCGAAGGUAUAUGAUCAAAUGGUACUGGGGAUUGACGGACAGGCGCUCUCUGUGAAUAAUCUUCUAAAGGAAAUAGACAACAACGCACUGAAGAAUAUGCCAAAAAUAUGUUUUAUUCAGGCUUGUCGUUCAAUUGAGGGCAAUCAAACAAUUGCAAUUGACGAGGGCACAAGUGUAUUUGUUCAGGAGCAGUUUGACAAAACAGAUGGCGGGAUUCUCCACUUUAACAUUCAAAACAAGGUCAUAUGGUAUGAUGACGACGUUGUUCAAGCCGUGAACGCAGAGACCGAAGGAAAAAAGGUACACCAAACGGUUAAUGAUGGAGAAGAAACAUAUGCAUUCGGGAACUUGUGUGUUCAACAAAGUCCAUUUGAUCUGCCCGAUUCGGAUAACGAGGAUGGCGAAGUCACGCCCGAUGUGCGGGGUGCUGCUGAUUCGAAGACUAUGCCCAAAGAGGCUACUCUGGUGGCUCCCGUCGAUUGCCCCACCAACUUCCUUGUUAUGUACCCUGUUCAACCGCAUAAAUAUGCUUUGCGAAAGGCUGACACGGGAUCGUUGAUGCUCUACUACAUGUUCAAACUGCGGAACAUGUUGAAGAACGAUGGUCGUAUCUUGUCGUAUCUGACCACAGUCCUGCGUGCGAUGGCCGAUCACACAUCGCAUUACAAAGGUCAAGAAAUAAAAAUGUGUGGAACUAUAUACCACAGGCUGACCCGUGAAGUUUUUCUUAAAAAUACACACGCACCGACAAAGCAGUUCGAAACCUGGAAGUCAAUGCUUAAAUCGAAAAGAAAAUGAUAAACUUCAUGCUACUUACCGUAACUAUGUUUUUGAACGGUGGCAAACGGAUUGUGACAUAUUACCAGACAUGUUCGAAAAAUUUAAGUAUUUGCUUUUCAAAUAUUAAUUAUUUUCCAUCAAAAUUGAUUCCGAUAUAGUAUUAUUAUAAUUAUCAAUAUCAGCAUUAAUUAUAUAGACUAUGUCAUUUUUAAGAUAUCGGUUAAGGUGAGGAAGUUAACUUAAACUUACACAAACUUGCACUUUGAAUAGAAUAAGAGUAGGUAUCAGACGCAUUAAAAAAUUUAAAUGUGUGUCUUCUUUAAACUGUACUAUUGUGAAAUGUAAUUAUAUUCUUUUGAGUCAGGUGGUUGGUUGGCAAUACAAGGAUAAUGGCGUUCAAAGUUAUAAACAUGUAUUUAUCGCAACAACUUAAAGCUUAUGACAGUAGGCUCUCAAAACAACAGCCCGAAAAUUGUGGAUUACAAUAUUAUACAAAACUUAAAUUCUAUUUACUGUAUCCACGAUUUCCAAAUAUACGAUAACAUUAUAUGGGUAUUGCUGUUUAAAUAGUUUUUGAGCGGUUGGUUAUGUUAAAAUAUUCCGCCAUGGCCACCCCCCCCCCCCCGUUACCAAAAACCCAUAUUGUGUCUGUAAACUAUUUUUUGCAUCGCAUUUCUUUUUUGUAACAGUUUAUGUAUGUUAUUUUCGUGUUUUACGGAUACAAGUUUGAAGUGGCGUUAAGAAACCUAUAAAUAUUGCUAACUUAUUAUUAACUGAAACUAAUGUUGAAUAAUAUAUUGGUAAUACAAUAUGAACACCAACAUAUUCGUUGAUAAGUCUGUUGAACAACAAUAAGUUUACACAGCCUCAACUUUCUUUGUGCUUAUUACCUACGUACACAUUGGUGCAUAUACAUUGUUUCUAUGGAUAUAAAUUGUUCAAACUUUUGCAAAGUCGCCAUAUGUAAGUAACUAGUAACUUUUAGAAAACGUGCAUAUGCGUGUUUUUUAAUUAAAUCGGUGUUGAAACUUUCUUAUAUUUAAAUGUGUGUACUGUUUCUUUAUGUAUACUUUCCGGUGAACUUUCGUGCGUCUUCAAUUAAACUCGACCCUCAA